AUGAUUAAACCUGAGGAAAGGUUCAUGUCCGAGGGGCAGAGCUAUUUUGGCUCGAGCGAAAACCCCGAAACCAUAACUCAUUGCAACGUUUGGGAUUGGGAUCAGCUACGCAUGAUCAAGGUUAAAGGCACCGCCAAGCUCUUUCCGCCUGACGAGGAUGUUGAGGUUUCAAUAUUGGCACGAUUCGCUGAUUGCCUAUCGCCUAAAGUUCGCGCGGUGACGGUCGACGACGAAGGGCUCAUUUCUGAAAUUUCCACAGAUCUGGAAGAGGACGAUACCAUGUUUAUUGGAUAUCUUUCUUUCUCAACCGCUGAAUCACUUCACGAUUGCCGUACAAUCCAAUACUCCAAAUUGCAAGAGCUCGAUCGGCUUGGACCAGGUGUUGAUUUGUCAGCAUACCACGACGAAUCCAGGAUUUCUCAAAAGGUUGCCUUCAAAUUCAAUCCUAUUGGAAAGCCUCGGAGGCUGCAGAUGGCAUGGGAUGAACUCAACUUGCUCAAAAGUCUGCCGCCGCACCAAAACAUAGUACCUUUUGAUCGCGUAGUCCUUGAAGACGUGGAGAAUCGGGUAAUUGGAUUUACAACAAAGUAUAUUCCCGGCGGAACCCUUGAUAAUUCAAAGCUGCCUUUUCGUUUUAAGUGGCUGCAACAACUCACCCAGCUUGUUGAUUUCUUAAAUCUGGAUCUGGGAAUUAUGCAUCAAGACAUUGCGCCCCGAAAUCUACUCAUCGACCCCGAAACGCAGAAUAUUCUUCUAUUCGACUUUGACUGGGUUGCAUGUGGAAAAAAGAACUUACUGGACGGGCGAGACGAUGUGGCUGGCAUGGUAUUCACGCUAUACGAGCUCAUCACGGGUGAUGGGUCCUUCACGAGCAUCCCUCACUGGGAGCGAAAUAUGGAAACGGUACAGAACAUAUCAGAGUGGAUUUGCAACCGUGAACUUGACUCUGACGUAUCGACGUUCCGUAACUUUUUGAACGAAUGGGUAACGACGCGAAGGUCCGGCGAUGACAUGCAACGAUAUCUCAACGCGCCCAACCGUCUCCUAUGGCCGGACCUCCCAACACCGCCCGACUAUAAUGUACCUUUUGAGUUUGGCACGACUCUGGACGGAGAGACGAAUUGGGCAACGGGUCCUCGGAUGAUGCGCACUGCGAUGGAGAAAGGGCAAUACGUCUUUCGCUGGGAAAGGCCGCCACAGAGCAGGUUAAACAAGUCCGAAAAUGAUGUGUGA